AAGAGGAUAAUCAAAACAAUAUUGAAUAUACUGAUUUAAAAUUUGAUGAAUUUAAAUUAGAAGAAUUUGGUAUUAUUGGAAAAAAUGUAACUAUAGGAAAGAUAGUCAUCAAAGGAGGAAAAGGAUUUAAACCAUAUUAA